UACAUUCGUUUGACUCUUGUCCCCACAUCUUCCAGCAUGCAUGCACUCGCAUCAUACUGCGGUUGCUGCUUCCCGGCGCUUGUAUCUGUCUAAAAGUUAUCUAUUGGUACUAGUGGUACUGCGAUACUCACAUCCGCUACCAGUCCUCACGGGCAAGAGUACACGCCUAUGCCCCAUCGAAAUCACACAGUGGUACCAUCACCAUUACCGAAACCUCGACUCGGAGUCCGUCUUGAUUGCGCCCCUGGUCAAGAAUCCGAAUCCGAAGCUGAAGCUGAAUCCGAAGUUGAAUGUUCUAGGUUCCCUAGGUGAGUUGGCUGUGACGACAGACUCUGACUUUUCACCAUGAAUGAGCAGGCAGCUUGCAGCUUUCAUAGUCCUAGCAUUAAACAUGAACGCUCUGCAAGUAUUUGUGAGCGAGGCGCUGGUAUCGAAUUCGUGGGGUUCCGCGAAGUGGGCCAUGUCGAUGUCGGUGUAGGUGUGGGUGGUUGGAGUGGACCCAAGUCCAUCGCUGCCUGAAACUCCCGCUCAAUCCAUGCUCAUGCUCAUUCCCAUGAUGCCUGGUAGUUACGUCCAGGACGUCUAGCCACUUCGAAGAUCUCAAAAUCAAAACACUUGUAUUGCUGCUCCCGCGUCUGUGGGCGGUGUUAUGAGUCACUCCAACUCGUUGGCGAGCGGUGCCAUGAGCCACUUGUUGGAGAGCGUGUAUAAGGAUUAGUACUCGAGCCUACGCUCAUCGUC